AUGAGCUCGUCUCUCGUCUCCCAGUCUUGCUUCUUGGAACAGAUUAUUGUCCCAGCUUUCUCCCGUCGUAUCUGUCUGCGACGCUUCUCGAAUGGUCACACCUCGACCGCGGUGGAGGCCAUACAACAGCUCGAGCCAGAUAUCCUUGGCGUCUCAAUCCAGCUCGCAAACGACGGGACUAUUGAUGCCAUUGCGCUUGCGACAGGAGACCGCGUUUUCCUCUUAAGCAUUGAGGAUGGCAGCCCCGGGAAAUUCGCAGCACUCAAUGCACUCUUCGCCGGCCCUCUUCUCGCGACAUUUCGAAUGGCUGACGUCGCUUUGCAAAUUUGCUAUCACCUGGGUUUCCAUUGCCGCGGAGUUGAGCUCGGGACAUUGAUUCCAGCACCAGAGCCGUGGUCCCCGAGCCGAUUUGUAGACGUGCGAGUUACUCCUGGUAUCAAUCGCCAUCCAAUAAACGCUGUUUGGCACGGCCUUGGAGAUACUAAUCUCUGCCUUCGCGCGUGGCUUUCUGUGAAACUGGCGGAAGAAUCAAGAAGUUACGUUGAGUCUGCGGCAAAGGUCAAUACUGCAGUAAUCGAUGCUGCGGAGUUGCGUUGCCUCGGUCGAUGGGUAACCAAUAUCCAGCUUCUGGAAAUGGCCAAGCCAGAUCAAAUGGAAAACGAGUUUGAUGACAUUGAACUCGUGGACGGGAAUAUCGUGCUCAGGAACUCGCGAUUCAAGACAAGGGUUCGGAGGAGCGAGCAGACAUCCGUCGUGCUUGAUACUGAAGACGGAAAAACGAUAUAUGGACAAGCAAUACGCGCCGAGGGAAAGUCGACCACGAUUAAGGUCACCGAAGGCCGUUUUCGCCGCGGGAUAGGAUCUAUCCGCGUAGUAGGCAGAGAAGAACCCACUAAUGCGGAACGUGCACGCGACGAGUUCAUUCUUCGCGUCCUGUAUGGCGAAGCCUCUCUUUCUCGUUCGCUAUUGAUCCAGAUGCUGUGGUUUCCAUCUGCGCUGGGACCAGCUCAGUGCAACAUCACUCAAAAAUCCACUCCUGAGAACAUCUCCACGGAACGGGAGUUGAAUGCAUCCCAAGCACGUGUAGUGGAAUCCAUGAUUAGUUUGACGAGUCCGCUUGUUAUCGUGCAUGGACCACCCGGAACCGGAAAGACGAAAACUAUCUCGUCUGCAACUCAUGUCUGGCAGGAAAAAGGACAGCCGGUAUGGGUCGUGGCACAAUCGAAUGUCGGUGUGAAGAAUAUUGCCGCAAGCUUUCACAAGCAUAGGAUUGGUUUCAAACUGAUUGUGUCGAAGGAAUUCUACGUGGAAUGGUACACUUUCUGUCCUCGUCCGUUCUAUUGUAAGAAAUCGCUGAAAGAUUCUAUGACGACUAGGCAUGAGCACAUAUACGGGCCAAUUGAAAAGUAUCUGAUACGCUCAGACGACCUCUUCCGUUGUGAUCCAGUUGAAAUGGAGCGCAUGUUAGGCAGUUCUCACGUCAUACUAUGCACUCUGGGCAUGAUGUCGAAUCCUGCCCUGGAUGACUGCCGGAUAUACAAAUUUGUCCCCGUCGAGAGGCUGGUAGUCGACGAGGCGUCUCAAAUCGAUACCUUCGAAUUUAUGCAUCUGCUUUACAAGUUCAAGAAGUUACACAAGCUGUGUUUCUUCGGGGAUCCAAAACAGCUUCCCCCUUUUGGGAAAGACAAUGCGCCCGACAUUCAGACGAUAUUCGACCUCAAACACUUGAAACCUCAAGCUCAUUUCCUUGACACGCAAUACCGUAUGCCCGCUCCGCUUGGCAACUUCAUCUCACACAAUGUGUACAACUCAAAGUUACGAUCUGUGCAUCGUAUCAAAGAUGCCUCGUGUAUUGUUUUUGUCGAUGUGGCCAAGGGGACAGAGGCAAAAUCCGGGAAUAGCUGGAUCAACAUGGAGGAAGUACACGCUGCUGUAAAUUUGGUACGCCACUACUACCAGAAGAUGAGGUUCUGUAUCAUUACGCCAUACGAUGCACAACGAGGGGCCAUUCAGCGUCAGCUUAAAGCAGAGAAACUUCCUUGGGAGUGUCACGAGGAGGAGUUCGUCAUUGUGUCGACUGUACGCACUGGUGGUCCUGGAUUUCUUCGGUCGCAGGCCCGAACAAACGUCAUGUUGACAAGGUGUACAGCUGGUAUGGUCAUCGUAACUAAUCGACAAUUCUUUAACAACGGGGGACGGGACACGUUACUCGGAAAAUUAGCGGAGUACUGGGUUGGUAUACGCGGACGGGAAGCCACUUGGACUUCGCCAAUGUUGAUCGCAGGUCGCACUGCAAAACUUCCCAAAUUUCGUACGGGCACUGUUCCCAUCUCCACCGCAGCUCCAAAGCUGCCUGUUACCGCGUUGGCACAACCUAAAACAUCGAUUCCUCCGACGUUAUCUAUGCAGAAGUUGUCAAUCAAUUCUAGUGACACCUCCGUCGUUCGGUACCACACCCCACAAGGAGCAUUUCCCCCUUUACCUGGAGCAUCUUCAAGAUCGUCGGGCUCCUCCGGAAAAUGGUUUAGCCGCAGAGGCAGAGGCUCUGUACUCCCCGCCGCCAUUGGACCAUCGUGUCCACGAGGGUCAGAUACUCCAUGGCGCAAGGACAUGGUUGCCUCGAUCCAGAAGGUCGUCGGCUAUGCCCUAAAGUAUUUUUCUGGUUGUGGUGAGGAUCUGUGGGACUGUAUAGUGGAGGAAUGCCAAAAGGGCUCGAUAAACAACCGCAUCAACAUCCUGUACCUUCUGGAUUCGCUUUGCGAGACCUCACUCCUAGCUAAAUCUCAUCAGGGUCAUGUUGGACAAGACGGAGCUCAGACCUCGUUCUACGUUGAUUAUGUUGCGCGGGACUUGGGGAAAAUCGUGGAGUAUGUUGUUCCGGAGGGUCGUCAGGGGCUCCCGAACCUCAUGAGUACAAAACAAAUCCUGGAGAGCUGGCGGAGCAAACGUGUCCUCGACCCACAAAAAGUAGACGACGUCAUGGCGACUUUGGAUACGCGACGAGCGUCGCUCGAGCAGGAGCAACAAGCUGACAAUACAGCGAGUCGCGAGCGUACCACAACACUCGCCCGCGGGGAGGUGUUCAAACGCAUCGAGGAGGAUCGCGAGCGUCACAAACGUCUGCGUGAGCGCCGCUGGGUACAGCCGGUGUCGCACAACCCGCACACCCAUUUGCCUCCGCAACUCGCGUCAUUCCUACCUCUAACGGACGAUGGAGACGGCGAGGGAGAACUGACACUCGAUAUUGAGUUUGAGAAUGACUGGGAGACUACGAGCGAUUGGAACGAGGAUGACGACGAGGCCGCAGCAGAUGAGAACCAUUUGUGCUUUCCAUCGAAUGAUGGCGAGCAAGAGAUGGAUCUCUCAUAA